GUGAUUAGAAUGCGUGUGGUUUUGGAAAAUGUAAUUGUGCGAGUGGCCGAGGGGGGGCAGCAGAGGGUGUACCAGAAUACAGUGCGGCGGCGCGGGGAGGAGGAGGAGGAGGAAGUGAGAGAAGUAACGUGGGGAAAACAAGGAGGAAUUGAUCAAGUAUGAAGGACUCGCUGACGCUGCUGAGCAGAGUAAGCGCUCAUCCGGACUCCCGCUGCUGGUUCCUGGCAUGGAACCCUACUGGAACUCUAUUAGCAUCUUGUGGAGGAGAUAAGACCAUCCGGAUUUGGGGCAAGGAGGGGGAUAACUGGGUCUGUAAGACAGUCCUUGGAGAAGGUCACCAGCGCACAGUCCGGAAAGUAUCAUGGUCACCCUGUGGUAACUACCUAGCCUCUGCUAGUUUUGAUGCCACCACUUGCAUUUGGAUGAAAAAGAACAAUGACUUUGAGUGUGUCACCACCCUUGAGGGACAUGAGAACGAGGUGAAGUCUGUGGCCUGGGCACCUUCUGGAAGCCUUUUGGCAACAUGCAGCCGUGACAAGAGCGUGUGGGUUUGGGAAGUUGAUGAAGAGGAGGAAUAUGAGUGUGUCAGUGUCCUAAAUUCACACACACAGGAUGUAAAGCAUGUAGUCUGGCACCCUAACCAAGAGUUAUUAGCCUCAGCCAGCUACGAUGACACAGUGAAGUUGUACCAUGAAGAAGAGGAUGACUGGGUGUGUUGUGCCACUCUGGAGGGUCACACAUCCACUGUAUGGAGUUUGGCUUUUGAUCAAACUGGGGAGCAGCUGGCCACCUGCAGCGAUGACAAGACUCUGCGGAUCUGGAGACAUAUUCGAUCUGGAGAAGAGCAAGGUAAAAAAGAUCCCACCUGGAAGUGUGUAUGUACCCUGACUGGAUACCAUACCAGGACAAUCUAUGAUGUUAACUGGAACCAUCUGACAGGUGCCAUUGCUACAGCCUGUGGAGAUGACGCUAUUAGGAUUUUUGAAGAAGACACUGAAUCUGAUCCUCUGCAGCCGACAUUUUCUCUGACAGCCCACAUGCCCCGAGCCCACUCCCAAGAUGUCAACUGCGUGGCAUGGCACCCAAAGGAGCCCAGUCUCUUAGCUUCUUGCAGUGACGAUGGAGAAAUGGCUUUUUGGCAGUAUCAGAGGCCAGAGUAGUUUAGAAAUGGGUUGCCCUAAAAUACAAAUUAUGACUUAGAAAUUACUUCUAACCUGAAGGAGAAACAGAAAAUGCAGGUCAUUUCAUUUAUCACUAUAUCGAUCACCUUCUCUUCCUUACGUAUCAAGUCAGCUCAGCGUAAUCGGAUUUGUGGAUUUCUUCAGGAAUGAAUUCUAACAGUGACCACCACUUCUUACAGCUCAUUACUGUGUCCUUACUCAUUUUCAUGUUUAAUAGUAGUGUGCAAUUCGGAAAUAAAGGAUUGCUAAAAAAUACAGAGUUCAUAUGCAUUUAGGAAACCUGUGAAAUAGGGAUUAACCCUUUUAGUACCAAGGCUUUAUGUAAUACAAAUAGUGUAACUAAAAUGUAUAAAAUUUUCCUCCCACUAUUUCCUGGAGUCCAAAGGCAGCAAAUAAACUAGUAGUAAGCAAAGCAAUUAGUAUAAUUAACCAUAGACCAAUGAGAGUGAGUGUCCGUGCAUAAGAAGCAGUGACAAACAACCUAAUGUGUAUAUUAUUCAGCAAUACUUUAUAAUGGGCGAGUAUCCAGUGCUGCUCUGACUCUAGGAAACACAUUUUCAUAAGCAAAUUAUAUACUUUCUGAUCAUUCUUCAUGCAGCGCAUGAAUAGGACAUCAACCCAAUAUUCUAUAGGGAGGGUCACUAUGCUUUGGACGCUCCUUGAAUCACCCUUCUUCAAAUGGAUGACCCUUCUGCUGACAACAUUCAAAGGGUAAUGUUUCAUUAAUGUAGAAGAGAAUGCCCUGGUGGCAACCCUACAUAUUUCUGCCCAAGAUGCAGCAGUAGCACUAGACUCUCAGCAGCAUAAGCAGUUUCAUUACUUGUUUUUUUCCUUUAUUUUGACCAAAGUAUUGAAGAAAAACAGCUUCAGACUGUCUAAAACUGCUGGUACAUUGAAGGUUAGUAAAAACUGCUCUUUUGACAUCUAAGAGAUGAAGAUUGUUUUGAGAGGAUUCCUGGCAGAAUUAUUUCUUGGUUCAAGUUUGCAGAUGAAGAAAUGUAUAAGUUUUAAAGAUUACUGAAUCAGGGGGAAAUCUUAGACAUGGAUUUCUAUACGACAGUACUUGUAAUUCGCUUAUCCUUCUUGCAGUUGUUAUUGCAAUGAGAAAAAAGAUUUUUGAGGGAUAACAUUUUUAUGAACGACUCACCUAUAGGACCAAAGAAAAAUGUGCACAGACUAUAGACCAGUCCAAAAAUGGAAG